AUGUUCAGAACGCCUUCCUCAUCGGACUCGAAGGGACGCAACAAGAAAUUUAAAGCUUUUACGACCCCGCAAACGGACGCCAGCAAGCUCUCAUACGAAGCUGUCUCUCGCCCUAUCACCGACACUUCCUCCUCCUCCGAUAUCAAGCAAACAAUCAACGAAAGCAGCGUACGCGCUGCUUCAGCAGAGCAAGGAAUGUUUUUCGAUCACGAAACUGCCUAUGGAAAGUAUCCAGACCUUCAAGCCCGCGUAGAUGAGCUCGUUUUUGGAAACAGGGACUCAAAGAUGCGCGACGAGUCGGUUAAGAAGAUCCAUGCUUGGAGGGCGGAGAAUGCGACCAAGGAUAAGAAGACAUAUUUCGCUGGAUUAAUCCCACAGCUUCUUAAAUCUGCGAGAAAAGUGGCCACCAAAAAGCGCACCUUCGCAGAAGAGAUCGUUUCUCAAGCCCAAGCGUUCACAGAUGACGGUCUCGACCGACGCGAAGACUGUCUCUUCGUUAAGAAUAUUAUGCCUCUCCGCACGGAAUAUGCAGAAGCCGCUCAGCAAGGAGUCACCACUCCGAAACCCGACUUCGUCUAUGGACUCAAACGCUCGCGCCACCCCUCUCUCGUUGGACCGCCCCUAGACAUUGAAGCAAAAAAUCUCAUAGGUGUCGCGCCGGAGAUACGACAUCCCUUCUUUUCGAUAGACAACAAAGGCUCUCAGCACAGUAUUGAAGCCGCCGAGAAUCAGUCCAUGCGGUCUGGAGCUACGAUGGUCGCAGCGAAUAGGGCCCUUAAACGCAAGGCCAAACGUAACCUCGAGCUUAUUCGACCAAAAGAUGAUGCUGCGGACAGUAGUACUGUUGUUACCGACACUGCCAUCGUCAACGACGCUACUGCGAGCGAUACUUCGUUUAUCGCUGCGGACGGUACAGUUAACACCAUCCCACCAGCCCCGCAGGCGAACGUGAUAAAACAAGAGAAUCUCGGUGCCGAUUUUGAUUCCUUCACAUUCACCUGCAGCUGGGUCCCACAAAUGGCUAACAUUCACGUUCACUGGUACGAACGCCGGCCCAACGAAACCCACAUCUAUCAUAUGAACCUUGUCCGUGGCUAUUUGAUGUCUGAUAAAGGUCAUCUGACGGAAUUUCGCAAAGAUAUAUAUAAUAUCCUGGAUUGGGGUAUCGCACUUAAGCGGAAGACGAUGUUGGAGGAACUGGAGAAGGAGAUCGCCGAGCACGGAGGUCGUUAG